AUGCAGACGCUUUUGAGUCAUAGCCGAGUGAUGCCGCCUCCUGGUGCGAUCACGAAAGAAGAAAUUAAGAACCAGCUGAUGGUUCACGAGCGCCGCUUCUUGAGCAAGGUUAGUUAAUAAUAUGUUAGAAGAUUUUGCAUACCUUACGUGGGUGUAAUUACACGUUUCCUGAAAUAUAUAAAAGGCGGGCUGAAGCCUACGGCUUCAUUCAUUCCAAAUGCUUACUUUUCAUUUUCAGCCUGCUCAAAAAGAGGAGUGGGGUGUUCUGUCGCAGUCCACGCAUUCGAAGAACACUGUCAAUCCUGUCCGUAAGAUCGCCGAUGCUUGCGCCGUUGCUCCAAACCCACUGAAAAAAACCAUUCGUCUUCACCUCGGAGAUCCAUCUGUUGGAGGAAAGCUUCCACCAAGCGAAGUAGCCGUUCAAGCAAUCAUGGAAUCAGUCAGCACUCAUAGGUAAAUACUCUUGCCUAACUCAACUUGAUCUAACCCAAUACAUUUUCAGUUACGAUGGAUAUGGCCCAGCUGUCGGCACUCUUGCUGCCCGUCAAGCCAUUGUUGAUCGAUACAGUACCCCAACUUCCUCCUUCACCGCUGAUGAUGUUAUCUUGGCUUCCGGAUGCUCUCAUGCCCUCCAAAUGGCUAUUGAAGCUAUCACCAACGCCGGAGACAACAUUCUAGUCCCACACCCCGGAUUUCCAUUGUAUUCUACUCUUUGCCGCCCACACAACAUCAUUGACAAGCCGUACAAGAUUGAUAUGAGCGGAGACGACGUCAAAAUUGAUUUGUCAUAUUUGGAGACCAUCAUCGACGAGAACACCAAGGCAAUCAUCGUGAACAACCCUGGUAACCCAACUGGAGGUGUUUUCACCAAAGAUCACCUGGAAGAGAUUCUUUUUUUUGCCGAGAAGUACAAACUGGUUAUCAUUGCCGAUGAAAUUUACGGAGACCUGGUUUACAAUGGAGCCACGUUUUACCCAUUGGCCUCUCUCAGUCCGAAAGUACCAGUUAUCACCUGCGACGGAAUCGCAAAGAGAUGGAUGGUUCCUGGAUGGCGAUUGGGAUGGAUCAUCAUUCACAAUCACUUCGGAGUGCUCACUGAGGUCAAGAAAGGAAUCGUGGCGUUGUCACAGAAGAUUGUGGGCCCGUGCUCGUUGAUCCAAGGAGCUCUCCCGAAAAUUCUCCGCGACACUCCAGAAGACUACUUUGUCUACACUCGAAGUGUCAUCGAAACAAACGCUAACAUUGUCGAUGAAAUCCUGCAAGACGUGCCGGGACUGCGUGUUAUAAAGCCAAAGGGUGCGAUGUACAUGAUGGUCGGCAUCUCCCGAACUGCCCACGGAUCGGACGUCAGUUUCUGCCAAAACCUGAUAAGAGUAAGUUAACGAGCUCAAUUUAUCAAUAGUAAGGUUUUAAUUUCAGGAAGAAUCGGUGUUUUGCUUGCCAGGACAAGCCUUCUCUGCGCCAGGAUAUUUUCGAGUUGUUUUGACCUGCGGCAAAGAAGAGAUGGAAGAAGCCGCUUCGAGAAUAAGAGAAUAUUGCUUCCGCAACUUCAACCAACACUCGGACUCUGAAGACAGCUCUGAUGAAGGCCUCGAUCUUAGCGCCAUUGAGUCGGACUAA